GACAGAGCAUCUUCGGACAUCCCACGGAAAGCUUCUCUCAAAACGACAGCUUUCGGUUCAUCAUGCUCGCCAAGCUGAUCAUCGUGUACAUGGCAGCUGCCAGCAUUCAUGCUGAAGACUCCUUGUUCGGGUCAGGCCUUAGACCCGGAGCGUAUCGUGGGGCCGGAUAUCCCGACUCCGCCUACCCGUCGGUGCCGUUCAGCUUCGGCUACGACACGGUGGACGAGUUCGGCACCAGGCUGUUCCACAAGGAGGACGCCGACGCCAGCAACUCCAGGACCGGCUCGUACGGCUACACGGACCCCUACGGCCUCUUCCGCCGCGUCAACUACGUGGCCGACGCCGGGGGAUUCAGGGCCACCGUAGAAACUAACGAGCCCGGCACGGCGCCAGGGCAGAGUGCCGACGCAGUCUUCAACGCCAACCCUGUGGUCAGCGGGCCAGGCGUGAGGGCUCCUGGCCCCUUCGGGGCAUCGGCGUACGGCGCGGCCGCUGGUGCCGCAUACGGAUACGCCGGGAAGUACGGAUAUGGCAGGGAUCCAUACGAUCGUGCGGGUUACGGUCAGGCAGGAUACGGACCGGCUGGGUACGGGCAAGCAGGAUACGGGUCGGCAGGAUAUGGUUCAGCAGGGUACGGUCCGGCUGGAUACGGACCGGCUGGAUAUGGCGCCUCUGGAUACGGUGCUGUUGGAUACGGUAGGGCUGGAUACGGCGCGGCUGGAUACGGUACGGCCGGAUAUGGUCGACCAGUAUACGGUCUGCCCGCUUACGGUCGUCACGGCCAUGGCCACCACGGAUACAAGGCUCGCUCCUGA